CCCUCCGCGGAUGUCCGUUAUGUUGCUGCGGUCGGACGGAGAGCAAGCGCUGCCCCGAAACUCCCGAUAAAUCCCCGUUACCGCCCGCAGCGAGCAGCACCGAGGCCCCCGCUCUGCCCGGAGCUCCGAACCGUCCGGUACACCGACAGAAGCACUUAUAAACCGCCCCUGAGCCCGCAGUGCCAGCCCUUCGCAGCUCCGCGGGGCCCGGCGAGGCGCGGCGGCCGCAGAUGGAACCCGCACCGGCUAAAGCGAAGCCGCAGGGCCGGCUGCUGGUGUCCACCCAGCUGGACGCCAAAGACGAGCUGGAGGAGAGAUUGGAGCGCUGUGUGGGAAUCGUCCAAUCGUUGACCAACGGUCUGUCAGAGAGAGAGGCCAAUGACGCCCUCACCGCCAACGUGUGUAAAGGCCAGCAGCAGCAUGAGGAGGUUUGUCUGGGUCUGUUCACUCUGGUCCUCACAGAGCCCACCCAGGCCCAGAGGUGUUACAGAGACCUGACGCUGGUCAACAGAGACGGGAUGAACGGGAUUCUGGUGAAGAUCAACCAGAUCCUGAUGGAGAAGUUCCUCAAACUGCAGGAUGCCCCAAGAACACAGCUGGUGUGGUUGGUCAGAGAGCUGGUGAAGAGCAGCAUGAUGGGAACUGAUGGUGUUGUCAUGACACUGCUAAAACAGAUUGCAGGUGGAGAUAUUUCCAGUAAGAACCUGUGGUUGGCUGAGAGCGUCCUCGACAUCCUGCUGGACCAGAAGGAGUGGGUGCUGAAGAGCGGGAUGCUAAUAGCGAUGUCGGUCUAUACCUACCUCCGACUCAUCGUGGACCACGGAGCUCCGAACCUGCUGACGCUGCGUCAGAAAGAGGUGGACUUCUGCAUCAGCAUGCUGAGGGAGAAGUUUAUGGACUGUCUGAUCAUCGGCAGAGAUCUGGUUCGUCUGCUGCAGAAUGUGGCUCGGAUCCCAGAGAUGGAGCUGGUGUGGAAAGACCUGCUGCACAACCCGCAAGUCCUCAGCCCUCAGUUCACAGGUACGACACUACCCACAAUCCUCAGUUCACAGGUACGACACUACCCACAAUCCUCAGUUCACAGGUACGACACUACCCACAAUCCUCAGUUCACAGGUAUAACGACACUACCCACAAUCCUCAGUUCACAGGUACGACACUACCCACAAUCCUCAGUUCACAGGUACGACACUACCCACAAUCCUCAGUUCACAGGUACGACACUACCCACAAUCCUCAGUUCACAGGUACGACACUACCCACAAUCCUCAGUUCACAGGUACGACACUACCCACAAUCCUCAGUUCACAGGUAUAACGACACUACCCACAAUCCUCAGUUCACAGGUACGACACUACCCACAAUCCUCAGUUCACAGGUAUAACGACACUACCCACAAUCCUCAGUUCACAGGUGUUCUCCAGCUGCUGACGGCUCGAACCUCCAGGAAGUUUCUGGCCUGUCGUCUCACACCCGACAUGGAGACCAAGCUGCUGUUCAUGACCUCCAGGGUGCGUUUUGGGCAGCAGAAGCGGUACCAGGACUGGUUUCAGAGGCAGUACCUGUCCACAGCAGAGAGCCAAUCACUGCGCUGCGAUCUCAUUCGCUACAUCUGUGGGGUGGUCCAUCCGUCCAAUGAGGUGCUGAGCUCUGACAUCCUGCCACGCUGGGCCAUCAUUGGCUGGCUGCUCACCACCUGCACGUCGAAUGUGGCUGCCUCCAACGCCAAGCUGGCACUCUUCUAUGAUUGGCUGUUCUUCAACCCUGAGAAAGACAGCAUCAUGAACAUAGAACCUGCCAUCCUGGUGAUGCAUCACUCCAUGAAACCUCAUCCUGCCAUCACCGCCACACUGCUGGACUUCAUGUGCAGGAUCAUCCCUCACUUCUUUCCUCCGUUGGAGUCUCAGGUCCGUCAGGGCGUCUUUAACUCGCUCACCUUCAUCAUGGAGAAGAGAGUGCUGGCUCACCUCGCUCCGCUGUUUGAUAAUCCUAAAUUGGACAGAGAGCUUCGUUCGAUGCUCAGAGAGAGAUUCCCUGAGUUCUGCAGCUCGCCGUCCCCCCCCACUGAAGUUAAAAUGGAGGAAGCCGUUUCCAUGGACAUGGACAACCACAUGUUGGACAAGGAGGAGGGUUGCUAUGACCACACAGAGGCUGCCUUCAGCGACGAUGAGGAGGAGGUCAACAACAAAGGUGAUUACGUCACACUGCUGUCUGACGAUCUGUCGACCAAUCACUGUGCAGGAAAGAAGAGGGAGUUCAGGUUCCAUCCAAUCAAAGAGGCUGUGAUGGAGGAGCCCGCUGACAUCACACCCUGGCUCGACCAAUUAGACGAUACUAUGAAAGAGAAAGUUCAACAGCUGCAGAAGACCAGUGACACAGAGACUCAGUGUGAGGUGAUGCAAGAAAUCGUGGAUCUGAUCCUGGAGGAGGACUUUGACUCGGAGCAGAUGUCCGCUCUGGCUUCCUGUCUGGCUGAACUGUUUAAAGAUCAUUUCAGAGGAGACGUCCUUCCUGAGGAGAUCACUGAGGAGUCCCUGGAGGAGUCUGUGUCUAAGCCGGUCUGUCUGGUGUUCAGGAACCUGGUCACCAUGCAGGAGGAUAACAGCGGGUUCUCUGUGCUGCUUGACAUGUUGGCUGAAUUUUACCAGAAACAGCCCAAGAUCGGAUACCACCUGCUGUACUACCUCAAAGCCAGUAAAGCAGCCAACGGUAAGAUGAUGCUGUACGAGUCUUUUGCUCAGGCGACAGCUCUCGGUGAUCUACACACCUGUCUGAUGAUGGACAUGAAGGCGUGUCAGGAGGAUGACGUCAGGCUGCUCUGCUACCUCACCCCCUCCAUAUACACUGAGUUUCCAGAUGAGACGCUGCGGAGUGGCGAGCUGCUCAACAUGAUCGUAGCCGUCAUUGACUCCACACAGUUACAGGAACUGAUGUGUCAUGUGAUGAUGGGGAACCUGGUGAUGUUCAGGAAAGACUCGGUCCUCAACAUCCUCAUUCAGUCUCUGGACUGGGAGACCUUCGAGCAGUACAGCACCUGGCAGCUGUUUCUGGCUCACAGUAUCCCCCUGGAAACUAUCAUCCCCAUCCUGCAACACCUCAAAUAUAAAGAACAUCCUGAGGCCUUAUCCUGUCUGCUGCUGCAGCUCCGCAGAGAAAAGCCCAGUGAGGAGAUGGUGAAGAUGGUCUUGAGUCGUCCAUGUCACCCUGAGGACCAGUUCACCACCAGCAUCCUGAGACACUGGGCGUCCAAAUAUGACGACACGCUGGGGGAACACAUCAAGGCCCAGCUGAUCAAGAAUAACAACCAGCCCCGCAAGAGACAGAGUCUCCGUAGUUCCAGCAGUAAACUGGCUCAGCUGACCCUGGAACAGAUCCUAGAGCACAUGGACAACCUGAGACUGAGUCUGAGCAACACCAAGAACAACUUCUUCACUCAGACCCCGAUCCUUCAGGCUCUGCAGCACGUUCAGGCCAGCUGUGACGAAGCGCACAAGAUGAGGUUCAGCGACCUGUUCGCCCUGGCGGAGGAGUACGAGGACUCUCAGGCCAAACCUCCGAAGUCUCGGCGUAAAGCUCCUGCCACUUCGCCUCGCUCCCGCAAAGGACCAGCUCCGCCCACCAACAACGAGGAGGAGAGCGCCUCCAGCAGCGCCUCGGAGGAGGAGGACUCGAAGCCCAAAGCUCCGAAGAGAAAGAGGAAAGGAUCGUCGGCCGUCGGCUCUGACAGCGACUGAUGGACCCUCUGACAAAUCAAACGCCAGCUGCCGCAGAGACAGUCAGCCAACCAGCUGCUCUGACCACUGGAAGAGGCCCCGCCCCCUCCCGAUGACACGCACUGACCGCCACGGGAGGGGCGGAGUCUGAGACGCCACAGACUUUAAAUCCAUGUGGUGAACUGACUUUCACGUGAUGAGAAUGAUGCUGUUUCCAUGGAGAUGAGGACUGACCAGUGGGUCAAAGGUCACUGUGUGGCUUCCCUGUGGCCGUUCUCCCAUAAUGCACUGGGAGGAGGAAACCACGAACUCUGGGAACCAACAUACAGACUGAUUUUAAUCCUGGGAAUAUGAUGAUGAGGAUAUAAAUAAUGAUGAAGAGGAGUGUGGUUGUUUGUGGGUACUUUGUCCCUUUUUUCUUUUCUUUUUUUUCCUUUUUUAAUUUUUUGUUUUGAGGGGGGAUUUUUGACUCUUAUUGUGGAGGAUCCUGACUUCCUGCUGAUUUUAGCAGCUCCUUCCUGUUUGUGUCUCUGCAGUAAAAUCUCGUCUGUUCUCAACAUCAUGUUGAAGGAAAUUCUUCAUAUAAAAACUCAUGGUUUGUU